AUGAAGUUCUUCGCUAUCGCCGCAGCUCUCGCUGCUCAAGCCGCUGCCGUCAGUGUUUCUGGCGCUGCUGAGGGUUUCGCCAAGGGCGUUACUGGUGGUGGCUCCGCCGCUGCUGUUUACCCUAGCACCACUGCCGAGCUGGUCUCGUACCUUGGUGACAGCUCUGCUCGUACCAUUGUCCUUACCAAGACCUUCGACUUCCGUGGUACUGAGGGUACUACCUCCGCCACUGGUUGUGCUCCUUGGGGUACUGCCUCUGCUUGCCAGCUUGCCAUCAACAAGGACAACUGGUGCAACAACUACGAGUCCUCCGCUCCUUCUGCUUCCGUCAGCUACGACAAUGCCGGUGUUCUCGGUAUCACCGUCAAGUCCAACAAGUCCAUCAUUGGAUCUGGAUCUGCCGGUGUCAUCAAGGGCAAGGGUCUCCGUAUCGUCAGCGGUGCCAGCAACGUCAUCAUCCAGAACGUUGCCAUCACCGACAUCAACCCCAAGUACGUCUGGGGAGGUGAUGCCAUUACCAUCGACAACGCCGACAUGGUCUGGAUUGACCACGUCACCACUGCUCGCAUUGCCCGCCAGCACAUCGUCCUCGGCACCAACGCCUCCAAGCGCGUGACCAUCUCCAACAGCUUCAUCAACGGAGUCAGCGACUACUCCGCCACCUGCGACGGCUACCACUACUGGGGUAUCUACCUUGACGGAUCCAGCGAUCUCGUCACCAUGAAGGGCAACUACAUCUACCACACCAGCGGUCGUUCCCCCAAGGUCCAGGGCAACACUCUCCUGCACGCCGUCAACAACUACUGGUACUCCAACUCCGGCCACGCCUUUGAGAUCGGUUCCGGUGGCUACGUCCUCGCCGAGGGCAACGUCUUCCAGAACAUCCCCACCGUCGUCGAGACCCCCAUCUCCGGCCAGCUCUUCGCCUCCCCCGACACCACCACCAACGCCAAGUGCAGCUCCUACCUUGGCCGUGUCUGCCAGGUUAACGGAUUCGGAUCUUCCGGUACCUUCAACCAGGCUGAUACUAACUUCCUUUCCAACUUUGCUGGCAAGAACAUUGCUUCUGCUUCUGCUUACGGCACUGUUGUCUCCAGCGUUACUGCCAACGCUGGACAGGGUAAGCUGUAA